AUGGCAGUCCCUAUCAAUUCGAACGACUAUGACAUGACCAAAGCAAAACCUCUCACUGCAAGUGAUGCCGCACAAACACACUUCGUUCUGAUGCAGUGCUCCCGCCCGUUGAAUGCCGAUGACGAUAAACAGCUACUCGCCAAGAAGAUCCAUAUCGAGGCAUACCUGGACGAAGAAACGUAUACAUGCUACUUUGAACAGGCCGACCUGGUUCUGGAGGCGGCUAAGCUGACGUUCGUUAAAAUCAUUACGGCCUUCCCUACCGCGCUCAAAAUACGAGCGGAGCUUCUGGGAGACCUCCAGGCAAAUCCUCCGGCAUCCGCGGCUCAAAAUAAAACGACACGCAGAGUGGUCAUCACUCUUCACAGUGAAGAUCCAACGCCGUACGCGGACGUCAAGCGAAAAGUCCUAGCGGUGGGUAACGCCAAAAUGGUUUCCGAACCCCCCGACAAUUUUGUCAUCGAAAUCGAACAAGGAGCCCUGUCCGCACUCACCGCCAUCGACAGCAUCGUUUCAAUCGGUGAUGAGCGGCUGCCGGAGACCGGGGUCGAGUGGUCACGUAGCAUUCUCUACGGCAAUUUGCCUCCUCGUGGCAGUCCGAUGCUUGGGGUGGUCAGUGUUGCUCCAAACAUCAUAUGGCCCGAGGGCCUGGAUGGAACUGGCCAAGUCAUUACCGUCGCUGACACGGGCAUUGAUCCUGACCAUCCAGCCUUCACUGGACGCCUAGCUUGCAAAACGAGCGUAGGUAGCAUGUCGGGUGGCGAUGACUUUGGUCACGGUACCCACGUCGCCGGAUGUGCACUAGGCAACGGGACCACGAGAGACGGAUGCUUCGUUCGAGGGAUCGCCCACAAUGCCCAACUUGCCUCCAUUCAAUUGCUCAUCAACACAGCGGAGUCGGAGCUACCUGGCCGCGCACGUUUUGUUCCCACUUCUCCGAAGACUCUGAUAGACCUCACUUUGCACAUCCCCAGGCCUCCGCCUUAUUCGCCCCUGGGCUCGUACGUGCACAACUGGUCUUUCUACCAGUCGCUGGGCGGCUACGAUGAGACAGCCAAACGGCUAGACCUGUGUCUGGAGAACUAUCCGGACGUUACGAUAUGCAUAUGCGCAGGCAAUAAUGGUAAAGAGGCGGAAAAGUGGCUAAUCAGCGGAAGUCCCGCCGCCAAGAAUGCCAUCACAGUGGGAGGAUGCGACACCAGUUCGAAAGGGUACAGAGCUGGCGGAAAGACGAUACCAAAUCUUGCGGACUUCAGCAGCCGAGGGAAAGAGAAGCCUGGUGCGCUCAAACCCGACGUUGUCGCGCCCGCUGUGGAAAUUCUCUCAGCAGCUCCCAAGAAUGCUGAGUUCCAGGAAGCAGCAACAAUCGCUAUUGGUAUGCGCCUGGUACCAGUUUUGCCGCUUCCGAUGGUCGCCGGCUGCGUCGCCAUCCUUCGACAAGCGUUCUUCAAGCAUCACGCGACUUAUCAAGACCCAGCAAUAGCAGAAAAAAGCCCAGCUGGCAUCGAUCGCUUCCUAUGGCCACGAUCAGAUCUCUUCAAGGCUCUUCUGAUCAACAGCACCAUCGAUCUCCAAGGCGCACAAUAUCAAGGCGAUCGGAUCAGUGCGGCCCCGAACGCGUAUCAGGGCCAUGGUCUCGUCCAGCUCCCUGCUGCCCUCCGACCGCUCUUACCACCUGCUGCCAAUGCUCCUGCUGCCAAUGCUCCCGCCGGCUUCGCAAACGGCGUCGUACUAGAUAUCGGCCCGGCGAACCGGGCCUCCCGCCCCGCGAUUGGCCACGCAGGUAUCGCCGUACCCAACGACGGCCACACGUAUCGACUCGCGGCGACGAUUGCGUGGAUCGACCCAGCGGAAACCACGCUUCAAAAUAGUCUGCAGCUCGUUGUGUGCCGCACGUUAGCUGGGAAAGACACAGAGCAGACGUACAAAUCCAAAUACACCAAUGUGAUCAAGGCGAUCAUACCGGCUGUGCCGGCUGGGGCCGCUUUGCGCUUCCUCGUGGAGGGCGUGCGGUUGACAAAGAAACCGCAAUGGUUUUCGCUGGUGUACACCUUGACACGGAAUCCGUGA